CUCCGACUGUGUUCCGGGACACACAGGCGGUGGCGGCCGGCGCGGAGCAGACAUGCCGCGGCCCGGGGGUCCCCUGCUGUGCCUGCUGCUGGCCGUGGCGGUCCCCACCGCCCCCGCGCCCGCUCCCACCACCGCUCCCGAGGCGACUUCGGCUCCGGUGGAGUCGGGCCCGGCUCUCAGCUACCCGCAGGAGGAGGCCACCCUCAACGAGAUGUUCCGCGAGGUUGAGGAACUGAUGGAGGACACGCAGCACAAACUGCGCAGCGCGGUGGAGGAGAUGGAGGCAGAAGAAGCUGCUGCUAAAACGACAUCGGAAGUGAACGUGGCAAGCUUACCCCCCAACUAUCACAAUGAGAGCAGCAUGGAUACCAAGGUUGGGAACAAUACCAUCCAUGUGCAUCAAGAAAUUUACAAGAUAACCAACAACCAGACUGGGCAGAUGGUCAUUUCAGAGACAAUCAGUACAUCCGUGGGAGAUGAAGAAGGCAAAAGGAACCAUGAGUGUAUCAUUGAUGAAGACUGUGGGCCCACCAGCUACUGCCAGUUCUCCAGCUUCCAGUAUACCUGCCAGCCAUGCCGGGACCAGCAGACGCUCUGCACCCGGGACAGUGAGUGCUGUGGAGACCAGCUGUGCGUGUGGGGUCACUGCACCAGAAAGGCCAUCAAAGGUGGCAACGGGACCAUCUGUGACAACCAGAGGGACUGCCAGCCUGGGCUGUGCUGUGCUUUCCGGAAAGGCCUGCUGUUCCCCGUGUGCACACCCCUGCCCGUGGAGGGCGAGCUCUGCCAUGACCCUGCCAGCCGGCUGCUGGACCUCAUCACCUGGGAGCUAGAGCCUGAUGGAGCUUUGGACCGAUGCCCAUGUGCCAGUGGCCUUCUCUGCCAGCCACAAAGCCACAGCCUGGUGUACGUGUGCAAGCCAACUUUUGUUGGCAGCCAACCUGAAGAAAGCCUGCUGCCCAGGGACGUCCCCAUGGAGUACGAAGAUGGCGACAUCAUGGAGGCAGUGCGCCAGGACCUAGAGGACCUGGAGAGGAGCCUGGCCCAGGAGAUAAUGCCCAGGGAUCCCCCCACUGAGCUACUAGGUGGAAAGGAGAUUUAGAUCCAGACCCAUGCAGUGGGUAGAUGUGCAAUAGAAAUGCCUAACUUAUUUCUCCAGGUGUGUCCCCUAGGUGUGGGCUGGCCAGGCUUUCUCUGUGCCCCCUUCCCAGUAAAUUUUCACUUUGGCUUGACAAAAUGAGAUGUUGUGUGUUUGUCUUGCUGCCCCUACCUGUCAUCCACGCACUGCUGUUCCUUGCAGCACAGCGGGGGGCUGGGGCCCAGUGGCCCCGUGCUGUUGGCCACUUGGCCUCUAUAAUGGACAGAUAAUACACUUUGUUCUAUAUCAAACUGAGAAUUGUUUAAGGGAGAAGAGGGAGAAUAGAUGGAGACUCCCCUUGAUGUGUUUAGGGGAAAAUGUGGAAAAGGGUGCCUGCUUUGUAAUCACCUGGAAGAUAUAGCCCCUGACUUUUUCAAGCAGUUCUCCUGGUGGGAGGAGGCAACUGCUAGGAACCAGCCAGCUCCCACCCAUCUGCAUACACCACCUGCAUCCAGCCUUCAGCCCUUUGCCUCAGCUCCCACAGCAAUCAUUUUCUCUUCUCUGGGGAAGGAACUCUUCUGUUUCUCAAGGACCUUGGAGGCUCAGAGAUGACAAGUUUCUUGUUCAGGUUGCACAGCUAGUUUUAUUGGGUGGUCAGGUGAAUCACUCAGGCGUGACCAACAAGCCAAGUGUUUUCCCAUUUACUCCACACCAGCCGCAGUGCCACCAGCAGUGCCCUGAAAAGGAAGGAGAAUGAAUGUUCCUUUUGAGGCAGACCUGGAAUCAAGGUCAGACUACUUCUUGUGUCCCCUCUGAGAUUAAACUUCUAUUAGAAACAAUGAUGUGUGGGUGGUUAUUGUUCUCAUAGAGACCAGUGGCAUGGACAGUGUAACCAUGUUGGCAGCUUUGAAGGCACACUACUGGAAUGCAGUAUGCAAGUUAACCUGCAGAAAACAUAGGUAAUUGUAGAGCCAAGAUCAUAACAGAAAUGUGCAAAAUCGCUUACCAGCACCUUUAGAGCUGUAUCAGCCACAUGGAGAAAGUGAAAUAUGACUGUAAUAACCAACACUGAGCACACCGAACUGGAUGUCCUCCCACAAUGGAUAAUUUUUAGGUGCCAGAAAUUGUUUCCAUCAUGUAUUCAUCCAGAGUUAUUAAAAUUUCAAGUUGCACACAACUGUAUAAGCAUGCUUUGAGUUUUAAAUUAUGUAUAAACACAUAUGCUGCAUUUAAAAAUCAGGCAUAAAUCACAUCAACUACU